AUGCAUUUUCUCUUUCCCCGAGCUUCGAAUAAUGGAUGCUCCGAGGGCGAAUCAUACUAUGUCUGCUCCGCGGGGUCUUUUCGUGGAUGUUGCUCGACUGAUCCAUGUGCGUCGGGCAAAUGUUCAGACUAUCAUUCGACCACAUUCCAGACUACGUCCUCGAACUCGAACUCGCAUUCGACCACUUCGGCCAGAAACACUCCGACUGCAGGUCGGACGUGCACUGUGACGGAGCAAACCAUCUCCACGGCAAUAUUGACGAGCUCUGGAGUUAGCCUUAGCGUGGAUAAUCAGACCAGUAUCCUAUACGUUUCAGCAACGAGCACCCCCCCAGUCGUUCCAACCAGCGGAACCACCAAAUCCACGAACACAGGAGCCAUCAUCGGGGAAAUUCUGGGAGGUCUAGCAGGUCUAACCAUCUGCGCAGCGCUGAUAUGGAUCUGCCUCCGACGCAAGCAACAAGCAAAGCUCGACAUCAGAUUGCUCUCGUCGUCAUCUGCCCAAUCUCCACAUGGUCGAGAGAUAUCUUCCAUCCGCGCGAUCACCCACCUACCACGAAAAUUCAACACUCAACGAUGGAACGCCGAUCACAAGAUCGUUUCACUCAUCCCCAGACUCCCAGACAUCGACAACAUCUCAGACUCCGUGGUAAGCCCACCACUCACAAGAGGCACAGGAGGCACAGGAGCAUCCCACACAAACACAACCAUCUCUAGCAUCAGCUCAUCAAGACCAAGUCUAAGCCUACACGGCCCCUCCAUCGGUCCAUCAGAACGCUCGGCCUUCACCGCCGGCAUCAGCAGUAUCUCCUCAAGAUCGACAUCCCAAAUCCCGCAAAUGCCUUUAACCCCUCGAAUCCAACCCCACACAUUCCUCUUCCCCAAGCUCUACGAUACACCAGUCAACUGCUCACGCGCUGAACUAGCCCCAUACUCCUGCAGCGAACUAAUUAAAAUACCCCUCGAACAAAGAUCGAGGAAUCUGAGGCCACAUGGACAACUACCCAAACUCAAUUCAAAACCAACAGAUCCCCCUCUCCCAUCCGUUGAUAGUAUUAGCCCUCUAGAGCUGAGCAGCCCGACAUCGAUGCCUCGCGAAACACGACAAAGACUCGUCACGUCAGACUCGGUCGUUCUAGCUGCGAAUCUGGAUCGGUACUCUGUGCCCAUUGUGCUGGCGCCUAAGCUCCAGGAAGAAUGGUCCGGUGAUCCGGAAUCGGAUCAUGUUAUGAGAUUUCUGAAAUAUGAGAGGGGGCAUGUUGUUGAAAUGGCGGAGAAAGAGAGGGGUGGGGACUCCUAG